AUGAAUUCAUUUGAAAAGAAAAUAUUAAUAUUAAAAAAAGAUGAUAAAGAUUCAUUCAUAGCAUUAGUUAAACAAUUGUCAACAAAAGAGAAACAAAUAUUAUUUGAUACUAUUGAUUCCAGAAUUAGAAAGUUACAAACUAUCUAUUUGAAUAAACCAUUCAACUUAAAAUUCCUUCAAACAUUCAUAAAAGAAGAUAGUGAUGAAGAUGAUGAUGAUGAAGAGGAUGAAGAGGAUGAAGAAGAUAGUGAUGAAGAAGAGGAUGACGAUGUCGUAGAAGAUGAUAAUACAAAAGAUAUUGGAAAGAGUAGAGAUAGUGAUAAAUCAAUUAAAGGAAAAGAAAAAGGGAAAGAAAAAGAAAAAGAAGAGAUUGAGAUUAUAGAACAAAGAUAUGAAACAAAAGUAAUACCAAAAAAACCAAUAUAUAAAGAUCAACAACAAGAACUAUUACAGCAACUGCAACUGCAACAACUUCAACAAAAACCCAUUUCACCCAUUAAAGAUAAUAGUGGUGUUAGUUAUAAUACAUCAUUUUCAUCAUUAUCAUCACUUUCAAUGUCAAAUUCAACAUCAUCAUCAUUAUUAUCAACAUCAUUAUUAUCAGCUUCAUUAUUAUCAGCUUCAUCAAGUGGUUUGUCAACAUCAUCAUUAUCAUCAUCUAUCAAUAAUAGUAGUAAUAAUAAUAGUAAUAUUUCAUCAUCACCAUUAUCAUCAUCACCAUUAACAUUAUCAUCAUCAUCGUCAUCGUCAUCACCAUUACAAAGAAUUCAAUCAAUUCAAAAUUUAAUAAGGUCAAAUAGUUUAAGAACAUCAUUAUCAUCAUCUUCUUCAUUAUUACCAAAUUUAAUUCAAUUACAACAACAACAACUACCACCACCACCACCAUCACAACAACAACAACAACAACAACAACAACAACAACAACAAAAUAAUUCAAUGUUACAACAAUCAAAUAAUAAUAAUAUAUCACCAAGGACACAACUAUUAAAUAAUACAACAACAUUAUUACCAAAUAAUGGAUUAGAGGAGAUAUUUAAUGAUAGUAAUAAAAUUGGUGAAGGUGGUCAAUGUUCAAUUUAUAAAUAUAUGGGUACAGCAAUGAAAAGGUUCAAACCAUCAUUAAGUAGUAGUUUAAUUUCAAAAGAGUUUGAAAAUGAAGUUUUAAUAUUGGAGAGACUAAAUCAUCCAAAUAUUGUAAAGAUUAUAACUUAUUCAACCAUUGAAAGAAUUAUAUUAUUAGAAUUUAUCGAUGGUAAUAGUUUGGAUAAAUAUCCAAGUCAGUCACUACCAUUGUCACCAUCAUCAUCAUUACCAAAUCCUUUAAAAGUAAUUCAAGAUUUUCAACAAAUUGUUGAUGCUAUGAUUUAUUUACACAAUGAAAUUGGUAUUAUUCAUUUCGAUUUAAAACCUUCAAAUAUUUUAAAAAAUUCAAAAAAUAAUAAAUUAAAAUUAAUUGAUUUUGGUAUUAGUAAAUUUUUAAAUAAUAAUAAUCAAAAUAAUAAUAAUAAUAGUUUAAAUAUGGGAUCAUAUAGAUAUUCACCACCAGAAUUAUUAUGUAAUAAUAAUCAAAAUAAUAAUUUAAUUAAUAAAUCAGUUGAUGUAUUUUCAUUUGGUAUAAUGUUAUGGGAAUGUUUAAAUUGGACAUUACCAUAUGAAUCAUUAUCAAGAGAACAAGUUAAACAAAUUAAAACUGAUAUGGAAAGAGAAUCACAUUUACCAUUGGACCAUUUACCAAAAGGUAUUCAAGAUUUAAUUAGAUUAUGUUGGAAACAUGAUCCAUCAAUUAGACCAUCAUUCAUUGAAAUUAGAUCAAGAUUAUCUGAAAUCAUUUUAAAUAAUAUACCAAGUUUAAAUGGUAGACAAUUUUGGAUUUCAUCUUCAAAAUAUUUACAACAAAAUGAUGAUUCUUUAAUUAAUAAUAAUAAUAAUAAUAAUCAAAAUAAUAAUAAUCAAAAUAAUAAUAAUAAUAAUAAUAAUAAUAAUAAUAAUAAUAAUAAUAAUAAAGACGAAACUACAAGUAUAAUAAUAUAUGAAUCAAUACCUUGGUUAAAAUUUAAAACGUUCCUAUCAAAUCAUUUAAAUAUAUAUAGACAAUCUUCAACAUCAAAUUCAAAUUCAAGUUUUAAUUUAAAUAAUAAUUCAUCAAGAAAUAAUCAAAGACAACAACAGCAACAAAAUAAUAGAAAUAGAAGCGUUUAUAAUAAUAAUUAUAAUAAUAAUAAUAAUAAUAUUAUAAAUAAUAAUAAUAAUAAUAUUAAUAAUAAUAGAAAUAGGAAUUAUAAUGCAUAUUAUGAAUAUAUAUUUGAUUAUAUUAGAUAUAUAUUAAAGGUAAUUGAUGAAAAAAGGGAUGAAGUUUCAGUUAUCGAAUUCUCAAGAUUUUGUACAUUUUUUUCACCUUUGAUUUCUUCAAGUUUAUUUAGAAGUAUUCAAAUAUUUUGUGAUAUACCAGGUUUAUAUGGUUAUUGUUUAAAGAAAGAUUUGAUUUUAAGUAGUUCAAUGAUAACUUUAAUGUCAAAAAUUGGUUAUCUUAUAUUCAUUGAUCCAAAUAAUAUUAAUCAAUUAUUUUUAAAAAUGAAAGCUCCAACAAGUAGUUCAUCGAAUAAAAAUAAUAAUAAUAAUAAUAAUGAUAAUAAUAAUCCAUCCAACUUUAUUGAUUUUACAAUUCGAGUUAAAAUUGGUAAUUAUAAUCAAAGAAUAUUUCAAUGUCAUGGUCAUACUUCAUCUUCUUUAUCAGGUUUAAUUAAAGAAUUACAACCAUUAAUUGAUAAUAAUAAUAGUGGUAAUAGUAGUGGUAGUAGUAGUAGUAAGAAAUCAAAUUCUGGUUUCUUAUAUCAAAAAACUCCAAUAUCUGAAAUUAAAGAUAGACAUAUAAAUGGUUCUUAUUUAAAUCAAAAUUAUAAAUAA